AUGGGUGGCCUGGCACCAGGAGUGGAGCAAGCUUCCGAGCUGCUGCCGUCCAGGGGGCUGGAUGUUGUAGUCAAUGUUCUGCUUGAGCCUGAUAUACUCCAAUACGUGGAGGUUGACCAUUGUUCUAGAGGUCCACUGCCCCCCAGGCUGCAAGAUGGUCAAGACUUGUGUUCAGGAAGAGUUGAAAUAUACUGGAAUUCCUCGUGGAGCACUGUUUGUGACCAUGAGUGGGAUAUCAUGGAUGCCUCAGUUGUCUGCAGGCAGCUCAGGUGUGGGGUUGCCGUGUCUGUGAACAGCAGCUUUGGCCCAGGAGAAGAUCCCAUCUGGCCGGAUAAUUUUCAAUGCAUUGGGACCGAGGGCACCAUCAAUGAGUGCCCAAGAGAGCAGAGGAAUAUCAGCAACUGCACACACAGUCAGGAUGCUGGAGUUACUUGCUCAGGAUCUUUUCCCAUCAGACUGGCCAAUGGGAGCAACGUGUGCUUGGGGAGAGUGGAGAUCCUUUACAAGUCCAUCUGGGGAGCAGUCUGUGAUGAUGGUUGGGAUCUCACCAAUGGAGACAUUGUCUGCAGGCAGCUGAACUGUGGGAAGGCUGAGUCCAUAACUGGGGCUUAUCAUGGACAAGGGGGUGGGGAGAUCCUGCUCAGUGGGGUCAGAUGUAAUGGAACGGAACACUCACUGGACCAAUGCAUUGCCAACCCACUCGGUGCCAAUCACAGUGUUGAAUGUCGGCAUGUUGGAGUCAUCUGCUCAGGUCCACUGCCCCCCAGGCUGCAAGAUGGUCAAGACUUGUGUUCAGGAAGAGUUGAAAUUUACAAGAAUUCGUCGUGGGGCACUGUUUGUGACCAUGAGUGGGAUAUCAUGGAUGCCUCAGUUGUCUGCAGGCAGCUCAGGUGUGGGGUUGCCGUGUCUGUGAACAGCAGCUUUGGCCCAGGAGAAGAUCCCAUCUGGCCGGAUAAUUUUCAAUGCAUUGGGACCGAGGGCACCAUCAAUGAGUGCCCAAGAGAGCAGAGGAAUAUCAGCAACUGCACACACAGUCAGGAUGCUGGAGUUACUUGCUCAGGAUCUUUUCCCAUCAGACUGGCCAAUGGGAGCAACGUGUGCUUGGGGAGAGUGGAGAUCCUUUACAAGUCCAUCUGGGGAGCAGUCUGUGAUGAUGGUUGGGAUCUCACCAAUGGAGACAUUGUCUGCAGACAGCUGAACUGUGGGAAGGCUGAGUCCAUAACUGGGGCUUAUCAUGGACAAGGGGGUGGGGAGAUCCUGCUUAGUGGGGUCAGAUGUAAUGGAACGGAACACUCACUGGACCAAUGCAUUGCCAACCCACUCGGUGCCAAUCACAGUGUUGAAUGUCGGCAUGUUGGAGUCAUCUGCUCAGGUUCACUCUCCCCCAGGCUGCAAGAUGGUCAAGACUUGUGUUCAGGAAGAGUUGAAAUAUACUGGAAUUCCUCGUGGAGCACUGUUUGUGACCAUGAGUGGGAUAUCAUGGAUGCCUCAGUUGUCUGCAGGCAGCUCAGGUGUGGGGUUGCCGUGUCUGUGAACAGCAGCUUUGGCCCAGGAGAAGAUCCCAUUUGGCCGGAUAAUUUUCAAUGCAUUGGGACCGAGGGCACCAUCAAUGAGUGCCCAAGAGAGCAGAGGAAUAUCAGCAACUGCACACACAGUCAGGAUGCUGGAGUUACUUGCUCAGGAUCUUUUCCCAUCAGACUGGCCAAUGGGAGCAACGUGUGCUUGGGGAGAGUGGAGAUCCUUUACAAGUCCACCUGGGGAACAGUCUGUGAUGAUGGUUGGGAUCUCACCAAUGGAGACAUUGUCUGCAGGCAGCUGAACUGUGGGAAGGCUGAGUCCAUAACUGGGGCUUAUCAUGGACAAGGGGGUGGGGAGAUCCUGCUCAGUGGGGUCAGAUGUCCACUGCCCCCCAGGCUGCAAGAUGGUCAAGACUUGUGUUCAGGAAGAGUUGAAAUUUACAAGAAUUCGUCGUGGGGCACUGUUUGUGACCAUGAGUGGGAUAUCAUGGAUGCCUCAGUUGUCUGCAGGCAGCUCAGGUGUGGCGUUGCCGUGUCUGUGAACAGCAGCUUUGGCCCAGGAGAAGAUCCCAUCUGGCCGGAUAAUUUUCGAUGCGUUGGGACCGAGGGCACCAUCAAUGAGUGCCCAAGAGAGCAGAGGAAUAUCAGCAACUGCACACACAGUCAGGAUGCUGGAGUUACUUGCUCAGGACCUUUCCCUGUCAGACUGGUUGAUGUGAACAGCAGAUGCUCAGGAAGAGUGGAGAUCCUUUACAAGUCCACCUGGGGAACAGUCUGUGACGAUGGUUGGGAUCUCACCAAUGGAGACAUUGUCUGCAGACAGCUGAACUGUGGGAAGGCUGAGUCCAUAACUGGGGCUUAUCGUGGAGAAGGGGGCGGGGAGAUUCUGCUCAGUGGGGUCAGAUGUAAUGGAACAGAACACUCACUGGACCAAUGCAUUGCCAACCCACUCGGUGCCAAUCACAGUGUUGGAUGUCAACAUGCUGGAGUCAUCUGCUCAGAGUCAGCAUUGGUGAGACUGGAAGAUGGAGACAACUUGUGUGAUGGGAGAGUGGCGAUUUUUCACAACUCCACUUGGGGAACAGUUUGCAGUGAUUACUGGGACCUACAAGAUGCACAGGUGGUGUGUCAGCAGCUCAACUGUGGGAGAGCAAUCCGGGCCACCACUGGAGCAUCCUUUGGACAGGGCAGUGGACCAAUCUGGUUGGAUGAUGUGCUGUGUGAUGGAACCGAGUCAAGUCUCGAUCAGUGUGUUGCGACACACUGGGGUGAGCAUAACUGUCAACACUACGAGGAUGCUGGAGUUCAGUGUUCAGGUCCACUGCCCCCCAGACUGCAAGAGGGCCUUCAUGCGUGUUCAGGAAGAGUUGAAAUUUAUGAGAAUUCCUCGUGGGGCACUGUUUGUGACCAUGAGUGGGAUAUCAUGGAUGCCUCAGUUGUCUGCAGGCAGCUCAGGUGUGGGGUUGCCGUGUCUGUGAACAGCAGCUUUGGCUCAGGAGAAGAUCCCAUCUGGCUGGAUAAUUUUCAAUGCAUUGGGACCGAGGGCACCAUCAAUGAGUGCCCAAGAGAGCAGAGGAAUAUCAGCAACUGCACACACAGUCAGGAUGCUGGAGUUACUUGCUCAGGUCAGCAGUGA